ACUUGUCAUUCUUCUAAGCGUACGCCCAAGUCAAGCGAGGCAUUUCGUAUGCAACACGCGUCCACAUUUGAUAACCUCAAAAUCCAAUUUCCACAAUUAAUAGCCGAAUGCAAAUAACCGAAGAGAAUUCAUUGAAAUCGAACAAUUCUAAAUUCACCAGCGGCGAGGCGCGCAUAAAAUGUUCGAUUGCGAUUAAUGAAGGCAGUGAAGGCAAUUCAGCCACUACUUUCGUGGCCCACGCACAUACACAUAUGUAUAUAUAUAUAUGUUUGUAUGUAUGUAUGAGCGCAAUGUCAUUGUUGUUGUGUGAAAUUGAAAAUUCAUUACUUAUUAUUAUCGAUUCGCCGAAUUGAAGCUAUAAAAGGCCAGCGGCGCACUUGUGGGCGUUUCUUUACUUUCUUCAAUGCGGUAACGCGGGCCGCUCUCCAUCGAAGUGCCACACAAUAGAUUUGUCAAUCGGCGAGGGCAGCCGUGCAGUUCGCUUUCCAACUCGCGAACUCAACCAGUGAUUUAGUACAGUUAAAAGCGCAGUUAAAAAAGUGGAAUUUAAAUAGAAAAUGCGAAAAUAUUAUUUAAUAAUUGCGUUAUUCGGCGCUUACUUCGCCACACAUCGGCGCGGGGCGCAGGCGCUGAGCGCAUUUCGGCCGGCGGUGCCGCCACCGCCACGCUGGAGUGCCAAUAUGCAAAUGCUGCGGCGUCACAACAACGCGGCCUUCGAGUUUUGGUCAGAGGAUGAUGACACGAAUCUCUGGGAGCAUUGUGGCCUUUUCGAGGGCGAUAUUAUGCUGCACCGCGAGUGGUUACGCAAUGGUUUAUUGAAGGAAAAGUUCACAUGGCCCGACGCAACGGUGCCAUUUUACAUUGACAGCAACGAUUUCAAUCAAACGCAAAUGAUGACAAUUUUGGAGGCAUUCAAAGAGUACCACGAGAAGACUUGCAUCCGAUUUCGACCUUACAAAAAAGGCGACACCAAUUGGAUAAUCAUUAAAGGCAACUACACCGGCUGCUGGUCCAGCGUGGGACGCCGACAAGGCGGGCAGGUACUUAACCUCAAUACGCCGCGCUGCGUCUCGCAUGGCGUCAUCGUGCACGAACUGCUGCACGCGCUCGGCUUCUAUCACCAGCAAAGCUCGACGGAACGCGAUGAAUACGUGAAGAUCAACUGGGAGAACAUACUGGACGGACAUGCGCACAACUUCAACAAAUACGCACGCACACACAUCACCAACUUCGGCGUGGAGUACGAUUAUCAGAGUGUCAUGCAUUACAGCUCGAAGGCGUUCACGAAGAAUGGCAAGCCGACCAUUGAACCGCUGGAUCCAUAUGCGUCCUUAGGUCAACGCAAAGGACUCUCCGAAAAGGACAUAUCGAAGCUGAAUGAAAUGUACCAGGAGGACUGCAAUGCGGAUUAUCUAUUUAGCUUUGAUCGGUUGGGCUCAUACUUAGACGAAUUGUUGGAGUAUUUUCAAAAUAGUUUAUUUAGUCGAAACCGUCCAGAGGAACGUACACAAAAUGUAAAAAAUUAA